AUGGCUUCCAAAGGCCAGCCCGUUCGUGCAGAAGAGACAGCUGUGCAGGUAGCUGUCAGAGUCCGUCCAUUGCUCCCUAAAGAAGUGCUCCAUGGACAGCAGUCUUGUGUCCACAUUGACCCCGACAAGCAAAGUCUAACUCUGGGCACCAACAGACACUUCCACUUCAAGGAUAUUCUGGAUGAAUUGUGCAGCCAGGAGACGGUGUACAGCUGCUGUGUGCAGCCUUUACUUGAAGCUUUCUUUCAAGGGUUCAAUGUCACUGUAGUAGCGUAUGGGCAGACAGGAUCAGGAAAAACGUACACCAUUGGAGAGGCAAGCAUAUCAUCUAUCUCAGAAGAUGAGCAGGGUAUCAUUCCACGGGCUAUGGCUGAAAUUUUUAAACUGGUUGAUGAAAAUGAUCUAAUUGAUUACAGCAUCCGAGUGUCUUAUCUGGAAGUCUAUAAGGAAGAAUUCAGAGAUCUCCUGGAGGUGCAGACAUCUAAUAAAGACAUCCUGAUCAGAGAGGAUGACAAAGGCAAUGUUGUGCUAUGCGGUGUGAAGGAGACCGAAGUGGAAGGACUGGAUGAGGUUCUUAGUUUACUAGAAGUGGGCAAUGCUGCUAAACACACAGGAGCCACACAAGUUAAUGCCCAUUCCAGCCGCUCGCAUACAAUCUUCACUGUCACCAUGGAGCAGAGGAGAGUCGUUGGGCGAGUCACCAAAAUGACCAUCGGGGACAAUGGUCCUGCCCUUGAUUUUGGUCAGGUUCUUUCUUCCAAGUUCCACUUUGUAGACCUGGCAGGGUCUGAACGGAUAUUGAAAACAGGCAACACUGGAGAGCGGCUGAAAGAAAGCAUUCAGAUUAACACUGGACUUUUAGCACUGGGCAAUGUUAUAAGUGCUCUGGGUGACCCCAAGAGGAAGAGCAGCCACAUUCCUUACAGGGAUUCCAAGAUUACCAGAAUUUUGAAGGAUUCCUUAGGAGGAAAUGCCAAGACAGUUAUGAUCUCUUGUAUAAGUCCUAUUGCUUCUGAUUUUGAUGAAACCUUGAAUACACUUAACUACGCCAGCAGAGCUCGGAACAUAAAGAACAAAGCAACUAUCAAUUGCAAGAAAGAAGCGGAGCGAGUGGAAGACCUCCAGCAACAGAUAAAGUCCCUGCAACGGGCUCUAGAACAGAGACAUCGAUCAGAAACUAGGAUUCUCAAUAGGUUUGACCCAACCAAGCCUAUACCCCGAAGAUCUACAGAAGAUCAUAUGUCCAGGGUAAUGGCUGAGUGUGCUCAUUACAGGACAUGUACAGAUACAGGAUAUCUCCUUCUUAUGGACCUUCUUUCAGAAGGCGGCCUCUCGCCUUUUCAAAUGCAAAAGGUGAAGGAUUGGAUGUGUACCGUAGAAGAGGAGAGGAGUGAAGUAACAUCAGCCUCUGGUUUGGACAGUGGAAUAGAGAGCUCUUCUAUUGAGGAACUCGCUGCAGAGCUCAGCAAGAGGCAGGCUAAAAGUAAGGGGUCAUUGAGCUUCGGGAACCCAAGUGGAGUAGAGAAAGACAAGUGCAUUGAAGAUCUGAGAAGUAAAAUUCAGAAGCUGGAAGAUGAGAAUAGAGACUUCCUGGCUGCACUAGAAGAUGCCAUGGAGCAGUACAAGUUGCAGAGUGAUAAGCUGCAAGAACAGCAAGAUGAGAUUGCUAGGUUGCAAAGCCACCUGGAACAUCGGAAGCCUGAUCUGUCUGUCACAGCCCUACUGGAAGAUGUGCACUUGUUAAACAUUGGGGGCAGACCAAAUACAGCGCCUCUAAUUAAAAAGCAUUCACAUGCUAUUGAGCAGAACAAGCUUUUACCCUUGAGAUACCCCAAGCAAAGAAAGAUUUCAGACAGUGUUGUAUUUUUGUCCAAGGAGCUGAAAAAGAGCUUUCAGAGUGACACACAGAAGCUGGUAUCCAGUCUGGAGGAGGGAGACACUGUGCUUUAUAGACAUUUCAGUGAAGAUUCUGAUCUUACAGCAGACUCUGAUGAAGAGGAAAAUAAAGAGAACUAUGUAUCUGAGAGAGAAUCCAUCAAGUCCUACCCAUCACAUAGGUGUAAAAAUUCCAAACCUCAAAGUGGAAACUGGCCUACAUCUCCCCAGAACAGUGAGGAAGACGAAGAAGCUGUGUUAGACAGGGAUACAAAUGAAGCUAAGUAUAAGAAGACAGACCAACUUGUUCUGGGAGACAGCCCUACCCAUGAAAGAGACUCUAAAUGGAGGUUGCGUCGGGCUGAGCAGAAGAUCCGGGAACUUGCUAUCAACAUCCGAAUGAAGGAAGAGCUUAUUAAAGAGUUGGUUAAAACUGGAAGAGAAGCUCAGGCCAUGAAUAAACAGUACUGUGUGAAGAUCUCUGAACUGGAGGCUGAGGCAGAACAGGUACGGAUGGAGGUCAGUGAGAACCAGCGCCAUCUGCAGGAAUUGGAAAGGAAAGACACGCGGGAUCCAGUGGAGAGAUCCAAACUGCAGGAAUACCGCAAGAAGAUCGCAGCCGCUGAGAGUAAAGUCCAGGUGUUGAAAGAGAAGAAACAAGCCACAGAAAAGCUAGCCUCUCUUUCUAUCCAGAGUGAGAGACGGGUUCAAGAACUGGAGAAAAAUAUUUUGCAGAUGAAACAGCAGCAAGGGCAGCUACAGAAGAAGCUUAAAGAGGAGACCGAACAGAAACGGAGACUGGAGAGCGAGAUGCAGAAAAGGAGACACCGAGUGAAGGAGCUUGAGUUAAAGCAUGAACAGCAACAAAAGAUGCUGAGGAUCAAAACUGAGGAAAUAGCAGCUUUUCAAAAGAAGAGGAGAAGUGGGAGCAAUGGAUCAGUUAUCAGUCUGGAGCAGCAGCAGAAAAUUGAAGAGCAGAAGAAAUGGCUGGACAGCGAGAUUGAUAAAGUCCUGGAACAGCGCCGUGCCUUGGGGGAGUUAGAAGAGGAACUCAAGAGAAGGGAAGGUAUAUUGACUAAGAAAGAAGCACUUCUACAGGAGAAGAAUGAUUUAGAGAUCAAGAGGCUUCAAUCUAGCCAGGCUCUAAGUAAUGAUAUUGUCAGGGUGUCCAGCCGCAUUGAGGAUCUGGAGAAGGAGCUGAAUGAGAAGAAUGGACAGCUCCGCCAGGGCAGUGGCUGUGACCAACAACGCAUACGAGAUGAAAUCAAUAACCUGCGACAAGAGAAGGAUCUGCUGCUAAAACAGAGGGUGGAAAUAGAUGAGAAACUGCGGCAGGGAAACCUCCUUUCUGCUGAGGAAGAGAGGAUCCUGUUCCGGUUGGAUGAGGCAAUAGAAGCUCUUGAUGCGGCAAUUGAAUACAAGAAUGAAUCUAUAACACGCAGGCAGCGUGUUCUUCGAGCCUCAGCUAGUUUGCUCUCCCAGUGUGAAAUGAACCUCAUGUCAAAGCUGAGUUAUCUGUCCUCCUCGGAAACCCGGGCCCUCCUCUGUAAAUAUUUUGACAAAGUAGUUACACUGCGUGAGGAGGAGCACAAACUGCAGAUCUCCUUCUCCGAGUUGGAAAUUAAGCUGGAGGAGCAGCAGCGGACGAUCUACUGCUUGCAGGUGUCACUAGAACGGCAGUGCCUGGAAAUGGAUCGUCAGCUUACCUUGCAGCAGAAGGAACAUGAACGUAACAUACAACUAUUGCUAAGGCAAUGCCAAGACCAAAUGGGUGAGGGAUUGGCUGGAAGCAAGAGACAGUAUGAAGGCAGGAUCCAAAUGCUUGAGAGAGAACUUGGCUGGUACAUGUGGGCUCACCAGGAGCUUAGUCAGAGACUGAACAAAAUGGCUGUCCCCCUGAAUGCUCCAGGAAAUCAAGUGAAAGGAGAUGGCAGAGUCAUACUGAACACCGACAGAUAUGUCUCCUUAGUUGCGUGUGCCGAAGAAAAUAAUGUCAACUUGAACAGUCAACCACCAACUCUAGAGCGCAAACUGAGACCCGGAGAAGACUUGAUGCAUGUGCCAUUACCGCCCACAUGGAGGCGCUCCUCCCUACCUUCUGAAGAGCAGGCCGGACUGGAAGAGCUUAGACAUCGGGACACUGUAAUUGAACCACUGAACAGCAGGCUGGUACAACCAAAUGAUGGUGUUUCUCAAAGACCUCUUAUGUACCUGCCCAAAUCCCGGCGAGAUGUUCGCAGAUGUAAUAUAAGUGUCAUGCCAUUGAUGUCUAAUGUGGAAAUGAUUGAUGUACGAAGAAACCCACUGUGA